AUGCAUUUCACCAAGAUAAUUUCCCUCUUCACCCUCUUCUUCACUUUUGCUGCUGCCCAGUAUGCUGACGAGUAUGCUGACGAAGCUGCCCUCGAGCGCCGUGAGAUGGUUGAAGGUUUCCAUGAGGAAUACCGGGCUGCCAGGGACCUAGAGACUCGUUGGCGCGAUAUGAAAUGCGUAUAUUACCGUCUUCACGGCGGAUAUAGAUGCGCUCUCUACGGCGUCACCCCGAAAUGCCGCUGCGAUAAAUCCCAGGUGGGCAAGAAAUGCAAGUGCAAAUGA